AUGUUCUACAGUCACGAAGUGCUCACGAGCCGCAAGUACGGUAUCGCGACCGUCUGGCUGGUCGCGACUCUGGGUGCCAAAUCUACCACUACGAAAAAAGUUACUCGAAAGGCUAUUCUCAAUGUCGACGUUCCGAAGGCGUGCGAAGCCAUCCUUGAGCCCGACGUCCCUCUCGCUCUUCGUCUCCAGAGCAGUCUUCUCUAUGGCGUCACGAGAGUCUACGCUCAGCAGUGCAGCUACGUUCUAGCUGACGCACAGAGCACACAGAACAGCAUUCGCACGGCAUUUACGACAACAGCCAGAGAUAUUGAGCUGGAUCCCGAGGUUGGGCGUGCAAGGCCUGACCAACUCGUCCUUGAAGAUGAUCCCUCAUAUCUGCCUGACUUCGCGCUCGCACCUCUCGACUAUGACGACUUAGACUUGGAGCUUCCGUCCCUCACUCGCUCUAGCAGCCUGUCUUCGCUUCGCCAUUCACAUGGCCCACGCCGUAGCAUCUCACUGGAGGAUCAGCAGGGUGGUCCAGUCUUCGGCAUCCAAGUGCCGAGCUCUGAUACCAGUGGCUUCAACGGUAUAGGCGGAUUCGUUGUGCCGGGCGAUGAAGGUCCGGGUACAAGGGUUCCCGGUGGAAGUGUCCUGAACGUGGAGGACGAAGGCUUCGAGCCCGGAGUAGAUUUUGGUUUCGAUGAAGAGGGAAACCUCGUUGAGCAUGCAUCUGCAGAGAAACUUCACAGGACGCCUCUAAGCGGUACAAGGCCGGCUUUGAUGGGCAGGGGUCAUGAUCAGGAAAUGGACAUCAAUAUAACAGUCGGAGAAGAUGACGAAAUGAGCCUCCUUCCCGAGGCCGAGCCCUUUCCUUCCACUCGUGGUCACCUUAGAUCCACCUCCGAACACCAGGGGAGUGAGGAAGUUAUCGAUUCAUCGUCCGUUAUCCAGGCUCCUAUACGACGUCGACCUAGACGCCGCAUCAUUCCGAUGGAUGAAACUCUCGAGCUUCGCAAUGCGGACCUUGCCGACUGGAUGAACGGCUACAUCGACAAUAUGAUUGAAGCGAGAAGGCAGAAAUUCACCCCUACUGCGACCAUGCAAGCCAAAAGGAACGCUGAGUACUGGGUUCUCGGCUUGGGUCUCGGAGGCAUAGGUGCUAUUGUGGGUAACACUGGCCUUGCUGGACCACUUGACAAAUUCCGCGGCGAGGCACUGCUGCUCUCCCUUGGGAUCAUCCGGAACGCGGACAAGAAACGAGGGCAUCAAAGUAUUGAUGAUCAAGACAAAUCAGACGGAGAUGGCAGGCGUGUUCGGCCGCGCUCGGAGGAAGAAGAGAUCGGCCGCGGUGACAUCGAUAUGGAAGAUGGCGGUCUCGUCAAUAUUGACGAAAAGGAGCACGAUGUUGAGGCCGCUCGCGAGGCAGAACCGGAACAGGAAGAGCGUGAUCUCUCUCAGAUGUUCCCGUGGAACGUGACAGCGUCUGUUCGUAACUCUUCUCUGGCGCCCAGCGCACGUCGUGCUCUGGGUUUCGGUGGAUCCGGUGUCUCGACUUCUGCUGGCGGAUCUGUCGGCGGCCUGCCAGGUUCUAUCAAGCGCAGAGGUCGCUUGAUCAGCGAAAGCCCUCUGCAUGGACGUGGCCUUCACCGCAAUCUGGAGCCCCUUCCCAGCUCCGAGGCUGACGAAUUGGGAGACGACACGCUAGGUGGCAUUGGCGAAGACGUCGUCAUCGGUGAGGACGAUGAGUUCGAGAUGUACGGUGCUGCUGCGGCCGGAGAUACCCAAACCGCAACUGAAUCACAGGUCGUUCAUGCUGCCCUCACUCAGGAAAUGGAGAAUUUCGGCAUGUUCAUCUUCGACAGUCUCAAGCAGAAGGAAGAGGACGUCGCUGCUGCCCAAGGCUUUCAACCCGUUGAGAGUGUCAACGAGAUCCUAUUCGAAGACAUCCUUCCUCCGAAUUCGACCAACAAAAUUGUCGCUGCUCAGGGAUUCAUACACUUGCUCACCCUAGCUAGCCUGGGACGCGUUUCCACCAGGCAGGACGAACCGUUCGGAGAAAUUGGCAUGAGCUUGCCUUAUGCUGAUGAGGAUGAGAGUGUCCACUGA